AUGGGUAUAAGCUUAAUCAAUUCUGUAGUAGACUUCAAUCCCAUCUACAUAGAAAAUCAUACAGUCAAUAUCAAUGCUGAUCAUGUAUCAGUUGACGUACUUCUGCACAUUGCACAGGACUUUAAAAGUGAUCCUUGGACAAUAAUUGGCAUAUAUUUCAAGAUGUCGAAAAACGAGCAUUAUCGUCCAAUUUUUCAUUAUGAUGUUAAUGUUUGUGAAAUUUUGGGUAGAAGUGGAAACAACAAAAUUGGCAUGGCACAUAUUUGGUUAAAUUCUUUCUUUAAAUUUGGCACUUUACCAAAAAGUUGUCCCAUAAAAAAGGGUAUAUAUCACUGGAAUGGUAUUCGCACCGAUCACAUGACAAUCCCUACCAUUCUGGUAAAUGGAACUUAUAAGCUGCUUAUAACCACCUAUUUUCGUAAAGAAAGAGUUAAAAGAAUCACAAAGGAACCCGUAGCUAACAUAACAAUUUUAAUUGAAGUCAAUAAGUAA